CUGUUCCGUGCCCCUGCCCUCACGUUGGGAAGACCUCUCUGAUCACCAGGUUUAUGUAUGACAGUUUCGACAAUACUUACCAGGCAACCAUUGGAAUUGAUUUCCUGUCGAAAACAAUGUAUCUUGAAGAUCGCACGAUCAGGCUGCAGCUGUGGGACACAGCCGGCCAGGAGAGGUUCCGCAGCCUCAUUCCCAGCUACAUCCGUGACUCUGCUGUGGCUGUCAUUGUCUUUGACAUUACAAGUUCGGCUGCAGCUCUGGGACACAGCAGGCCAGGAGCGGUUCCGCAGCCUCAUUCCCAGCUACAUCCGCGACUCCACUAUUGCUGUGGUAGUCUAUGACAUUACAAACUUGAAUUCCUUCCAGCAGACCUCCAAGUGGAUUGAUGAUGUUCGGACAGAGAGGGGAAGUGAUGUCAUCAUCAUGUUGGUGGGGAACAAAACUGAUCUGGCAGACAAGAGACAGGUUUCUAUAGAGGAGGGUGAGAGAAAAGCCCGAGAGCUGAAUAUGAUGUAUAUUGAAACCAGUGCUAAAGCAGGAUAUAAUGUGAAACAGCUAUUCCGUCGCGUGGCUGCUGCCUUACCCGGGAUGGACAGCACACCAGAGAAGAGCAAAGAAGACAUGAUUGACAUCAAACUAGAGAAGCCUCCUGAGCAGCCAGUAACGGAGAGCGGUUGCUCCUGCUAACAGGCCCGUUCUGUAGCAGCACAUUCCCCAGCUGGCCAGUCUCACUGAAGAACAUCACUGCUCAUUGGCUAGGCAACCCUACUUUGGGCUGAAAAAACAAUCUACUAAGCGAGCGAACUCCCUGUUUACGGUGGGGAGCAGCCCUGGCCGCCCCUCUUACUGCAUGGUAUGAGCCUUGAGUGCAGAAUGAGUGUCCUGUCUUUUAUUUUAUUUUUUAUGUUGUUGCACUUUGGCACCGUGGUGCCCUUUACACUCCCUCUUUCUCUCUCUUCUCUCCCCCCCUUUCCCACCUUGAGCCUGUCUGCUCAGAUGUAUCAUGUGAAUGCAAUGGAAAAGCCACCAAGUUAGGGAAAAGAAGAAAAAUAAAUAAAUAAAGCUUGGGGGUGGGUUUUCCACUUUCCUUUACUGCCUUGCAUAUUAACUAGCUCCUGUCCACUCCAGUCUUGUCUGUUCUGCAUCCCCACUUCCUCUGUUUAAAGGCUGCUCCUUUUACACCAGUCAGUUUGACUUGGCCUUGCCUUGUUGGGCAGUACAGGUUACCUGUUUCUAGGCUUUUGGUUCCUGCAGGGCACACACACAAUAUUAGCUCUUCAGUUUCUCCUUUUUGUGGAUGAUGUUGGCUAAGUUUUGCUCAUGACUUCUGGGGUUUGCCCUACACUCUGACCCUCAUGUGAUGCAAAACAUUGGAAACUCCCAAACUCUUAGCUUUGACCUUGUUGCUCCCAUCUGUGCAGCAGAGACAUCCCACAGAUUGCUCCCUGCAGUGUAUCUUCCUGUCUGGAGGAUGUUGGUGCUUGGUGAGUGUUGGCAGUAAGAUGUAGGGAAGGAAAUGGGUACAGAGACUUUAUAGCAUGAAGCUGGGUGGGGAGAAAUCCUCAGGGUGAUUUGUAGGGACCUUGGUCUUGUCUGUCAACAGCGAAAGCAAACAGCUCUGUGGAGCCCAUCACUGCAGGAGCAGUACCUGGGAAUCGUGUGGUGUUCAGGUUCCUUUCCUAGUCUCCGUCCUUCUGUUUGUAGUCACAUAGCCUAGGAGCUGCUUCAUGGAGAGCAGGUGGGCUACAGCAAAUUGAAGGCCAGCGAUAGCUGUUCUGGCUUCAUAUCUAGGUUGCUGCUUAAUGAAAUCACACACAGCUGCUUCUGCUUUUGUUGUGGUCUCACAGAGUGGGGUUAGUACCAUGUUGCUUUGGAAUAGUGGUAAGCUGUAACAAAGAUAAGUGCUAGCAGGGAUUUAUUAUCAUAUGUGAGUGGGGGAAAUGUACACUGCUAAAGUGCAUUUUGUUGUCACUUCUGGAUGCCUGAGGUUGGGAAAUACCUCGCUUUUCCCUCAGCUCUCUGCCCUUGAUUUCUAACGAUGUUAGUAGAGCUCUUUGUAAAACUUUCGUUGUGAUUAUUUUUGUGUGUGUGUGUGUGUGUGUGUGUGUGUGUGUGUGUGUGUUUGUGUGUGUGUCCAUCCGAUCAAUCCAGAAGUCAGGAGGUCUGUUGACAGAGAGGAGAAUAGAACAGCCAGAAGUCAGGAGGUCUGCUGACAGAGAGGAGAAAAGAACAGCCAGGUGGUUUUAAGCCAUUCACCAGUUCUUUCAUCACCCAGCCUAUGUAUCGCCACUGGGGAUGCUGGCGGGGAGGAGCACAGCGUGCCACAGUGUUAAGGGUACAAACAGGGGCAGUGAUGUUUGGGUUGGUGAGGCUCUCCUAGCAGGAUGCCUUGUCGGUCACUGACAUAGUGUGUGCACUUUGAAACCUGUGGGCUGGGGAAGGAGGGGAGGGGGUGGCCUUGGGCUGGGUGCUGGUGGCCUUGUUGGAGAAGCGCCUGGUCAGAGUGCCGUGGCUGCUUCCUGGUCAUGUUGGCUUACUGGCAUCUGGUGACCAAGCUGCAGGUGGCUGCCCUUGUUCUCAGAGAGCUUUGUCCCUUCCCCUCCACAUGAGCUGGCCUGCAGGAGGAAGCUGGGAUGUCCUUUCCCCCAUUUCGUUCUGGAGUGUCCCUACCCCUUACCCACAGUUCCAGCUGGCACGGCUGGGUCCUCUGUGCCCAGCCCCAGCGGUAACUCAGCCCCCUC